AUGGUUCCAGAUGUGUUACAAGUUCCAUUGCCUAGAUUGACCUCGGAUCACUCGCCUAUUAUGCUAGAUGGCAGUAGAAGGAGGAGUUUGCGUAUUCCUUUCAGGUUCGAGAAUAUGUGGCUUCAGGUGUCAGAUUUUGAAGAUAGAGUGGAUGCUUGGUGGAAUGGGUAUGUAGUGACUGGCACACCAUCUUUUCGACUUGCAAGCAAGUUGAAAAUGCUAAAAGGAGAUAUUAGGAAGUGGAAUAAGGAGGUGUUCGGGAGGGUAGAAGUUAAAAUAAGGGAGCUAAUUAAUGAGGUGGGGGAGAUGGAGCGUGUGGAAGCUUUGAGGGCCUUAGAAGAGAGCGAGAGAGUUAGGAAAGAGGAGGCAAAUCAGGAGCUAGCCGCUUUAGCGGUCGCUCAAGAGACCACAGAAAAGCAAGCGAUAGAACAGCGUCUCGCGUCGCUUCAGCGCUUAAAGCGAGAAGCGAGCGCUUUUAAUAACACUGGGAUGAGGGAGUGGUUGGAGAGGGCUAUGGAAGAAGAAGAGGUAAGGGCAGCGGUAGUGAGUUGUGCGGGUGACAAAGCUCGGGGAUCGGAUAGAUUCACUUUGGCUUUCUUCCAACAUUGUUGGAGGAUAGUUAAGGUGGAGUUGAUGGAGACCACUGUGGAAUUUCAAGAAACUAGGGAGUUUGAAAGAAGCCUUAACGCAUCUUUUGUCACCAUUGCGCCAAAGAAGGAAAGAGCGACGAGUAUCAAAGAUUAUAGGCCUAUUAGUCUGUUGGAAAGCAUCUAUAAGAUUAUUUCUAAGAUUGUGUCAGGCCUUAAGAUCAACCACAGAAAAUGUGAGAUCACACCGAUGGGAGAAGUGGAUAAUAUUGAAGAGAUUGCACAUGUGUUGAAUUGUAAGGUGGGUACUUUACCUACUACCUAUUUGGAGCUACCGUUGGGUGCAUCGAGCAAAGAUCUUGCAAUGUGGAACCCAGUGAUUGAGAGAGUAGAGAAAUGGCUAGCGGGAUGGCAAAAGAAGUACUUGUCGAUAGGAGGGAAAGAAGUUUUGAUCAAAAGCACUCUAUCUAGCAUUCCUACAAAUUAUAUGUCAUUUUUACAUGAGAGGUUGGAAAGACUUCAACAAAACUUUUUAUGGGACACAACGGAAGGAGCAAGAAGGUAUCAUUUAGUGAACUGGAGAGUUGUCACAUCUCCAAAGGAACGGGGAGGUCUCGGGGUGAAAGAUCUCAAAGUCUUCAACAAAGCUUUGCUAGGGAAGUGGAUAUGGAGAUUUGGGGUGGAGGAGAGUGCAUUUUGGAGGGGGAUGUAG